AUGAAGGUCUUUCUCUUUGGCUUUCUCCCAAACUCCUGUUCGGCCCUUUUCAGCUACAAGUUUGCCUUUAUAAUAGGCAAUCUCAUCGUUGCUUUCCUCAUAGGACAAUCGAAAAUCUUUUCCUCAAAGCCUUCUCAAGCUAGUGAUGUUCUAUAUCACGAGUAUAUUAACAGGAGUCAGAGCCUUCAAAGUUCUUCAACCAUUGACGUCAAGAGUCGGGGAAAAACAUUGAUAUGCGUUGAAGAAAAUGUGAAAAGGACUGAUAAAGAUGGAGAGGACACUGGAGCCAUCAGAUGGGCUGAAGCAAAAGAGGAUUUAGAUGGAAACAAUGGCUUUGCUUUGCCUGCUGAGGAAUUGUUUAGAAGGGCUGAUGAUCUCAUUGCAAGGGUCAAAAGAAACAGGAAGCUUGAAGCUAGAAUUCUCCUCUGA